AUCACUUCUCAUCAGCAUGCAAAACAUAACCCCUUUGAGCCUACAUCUUUACAAUAAGUUACAAGUUCAUCUUGCUGUUUCCAAUUCCCUUCCAGGCUUUGAUUCUGAGAAGAGAGGCUGAUGGAAGGUUUCACACAGAGAAAUAGCAUAUUCAGACUAUGUUUUAAAAGACCACUCUGGUUGCAGUGUAGUGAACAGGCUAUAGAAGAGCAAGGAUGUAGUCAGGGACACUCAGGGCUGUUAUAAUAAACUGACUAGAAGAUGAUGAAUUAGACUAAGAUUAUAGCAAUUUAAGUGGAAGAGUGGAUGGAUAGGUGUUUUUGCAAACUUGAUGAAAAGUGGUAUUCCCUGUUCUUCAAUUGGAAAACUCAAUAUUAUAAAGAUGUCUGUUAUCUUUGUUAAUUUAUAAAUUUAAUAUUCCAAUAAAAUGCCAACAGGUUUUAAAAUUGAAACUAGGCAAAUGGAUUCUAAAGUUCAUCUGGAAAAAAAUGGUAAACAAGCAAAAUGACAAUGCAAAUUCACAGGGCUUGCUCUGUGUUGCUCUGUUCAUCUAAUGCAACAUCUCUAUGAGGUAGAUACUCCUAUCAACUCUUCUUCAGCCCAGAAUGGUUAAGUAGCUUUCCUAAGGUCAUACAACUAGUAAGUAGCAGCCAGGGUUUAACCCCAGGUAGACUAAUUCCAGAGCCUCUCCACUUAGCCAACACACUGAAGAAUGAAGAGGACCUGCAUCUUCUAUUUUAAAAAUAUUAUAAACCUUUAAAUACUUAAGUGUAUGCCAGUGCAUGAAUGAACAGACCAAUGGAAAACAAUGUUAAGUACAGAAAUAGAUCUCAAAUAUUCAUGGAUAAACAUGGGAAUUUAGUAUUGGAAAAGGUGCUCUUUCUUUUCUUUUUUCUUUUUUUGGUUUUUAGGGCCACACCCAUGGCAUAUGGAAGUUCCCAGGCUAGGGGCUGAAUUGGAACUGCAGCUGCGGACAAAUGCCACAGCAACACUAGAUCUGAGCCAUAUGCUGCAGGUGUGGCCCUAAAAUGACAAAAAAUAAACAUGUAACUGGCAUAUGAACUAGCAACUGAACUUCUGGGCAUUUGUUCCUGGGAAAUGGUUUGUGUUAGCACAAAAAACUGUAUACACCUGUUUAUAGCAGAUUCAUUCAUGAUAGCCCCCAGAUGGAAACAAAUCAAAUAUCUUUCAGCAUGUGAAUGAUUAAAACAAAAUGUAGUUUCAUUUUAUCCACACUUUUGCACACUUUUAUUGUAAUAAAAAGGAGCACUGAUACAAGAACCUGGAUGUAUCUCUAAGGAAUUACGCUGAGUGAAAACAGCAAAUUCCAAAAGGUUAUGUACUGUAUGAUUCCAUUUAUAUAACUUUUUUUUUCUUGCCCCACCCAGGUCAUGGAAGUUUCUGGGCUAGGGAUCGAAUCCCUGCCCCAGCAACGACCCAAGAGGCUGCAGUGACAACUCCGGAUCCUUAAUCCGCUGAGCCACAAAAGAACUCCCUAUAUAACAUUCUUGAAAGGACAAGUUAUAGAAAUUGAGGAUUAGUGGUUGCCAGAGAUAAAGUAAAGGAAGUGGAUGUGACUAUAAAAGGGCAAGUGAGGGAUCCUGGAAGCAUGGAAAUGUUCUGUAUCUUCACCAUCAAUGUCAACAUCCCGGUUGUGAUAUUGUAAUAUAGUUUUGCAAGCUACUACCAUUGGGAGAAACUGGGUAAAGAAUACACAGGAUUUUGCAAUACUAUUUAUUAAAACUGCGUAUGAACUUAAAAUUAUCUCAAGGAGUUUAGUUUUAAAAAUCUAGUCAUGUGGCACAGCCUUCCCUUCUGCUUAAAAUCCUCUAGUAGUUUCCCACCGUUCUUAAGAUAUGAAAUCUCGGACGCUACGAUCUUGCCCACUUCCCAGAAUUACCAGGCUCCCUUCAUGCUAUCUGAGCUUCAUCCACACUGGCAUUCUUUCACCUCCCUCACCAGACCUACUCCUACACUCUACUACCACAGGGCUGUUGUAAAUGCUGCUCCCAUCUGUGUCUUCCUCUCUACGUCCACUUCUGCUACAGAACUCAUACUUACCCUUCACACCUCAGAUGAGGUCUCAAAUCCUUAGGAAUGCCUUCCCCCAACCUCUUUAAAUCAAAUUCUCCUAUAAGCUCCUCUUACCCUCUUUUCCUCUUUGACAGCCGUUACAUUCACCGCUGAGCUUCCGUAUUUGCUUGCAUGAUUACUGGUGUCGCGCGAGGUACUACGUCACUUCCUCCCGGAAGACACUUUCUUGCGGAACCACUCAGAUUCCUGUCACUUCUCAAGAGUCCCUCCUUGGUAGCCAUGGCCCUGCCGCCCUUCUUCGCUCCGGGUCGCCCGGGCCCGCCGCCCCCGCAGCCGCCGCCUCCCGCUCCUUUCGGCUGUCCACCACCCCCGCUACCCUCCCCGGCUUUCCCGCCGCCUCUUCCCCAGCGGCCCGGUCCCUUUCCGGGGGCCUCCGCCCCCUUCCUCCAGCCCCCGCUGGCUCUGCAGCCCCGGGCCUCCGGGGAAACCUCUCGCGGCAGCAGUGGCGGCGGCGCCUUCUACCCGGUGCCGCCACCACCGCUGCCUCCGCCGCCGCCCCAGUGCCGGCCCUUCCUGGGGACCGACGCGGGUGAACGCCCGCGGCCGCCGCCUCCAGGCCCGGGGCCGCCCUGGAGCCCGCGCUGGCCUGAGGCACCGCCGCCGUCCGACGUGCUGGGGGACGCGGCUCUGCAGCGCCUGCGCGACCGGCAGUGGCUAGAGGCGGUGUUCGGGACCCCGCGGCGGGCUGGCUGUCCGGUGCCCACGCGCGCGCCCGCCGGGCCCAGUCUGGGUGAGGUGCGCGCCCGGUUGUGUGGGGCCCUGCGCCUGGUGCGGCGGCUGCGCGACCUGGGCCAGGCCUUGCGCGACGCCGAGGCCGACGGCGCGGCUUGGGCACAGCUGCAUGCGCAAGCUCAGCCUCUGCGCGCCGAGCUGGCCGAGCGACUACAGCUGCUGACCCAGGCCGCCUAUGUGGGCGAGGCGCGGCGCAGGCUGGAGAGGGUCCGGCGCCGCCGGCUGCGGCUUCGUGAGAGGGCCAGGGAACGCGAGGCCGAGCGGGAGGCGGAGGCCGCGCGCGCAGCGGAGCGAGAGCAGGAAAUUGACCGCUGGAGGGUCAAGUGCGUGCAGGAGGUGGAGGAGAAGAAGAGGGAGCAGGAACUUAAAGCUGCUGCUGAUGGUGUCUUAUCUGAAGUGAGGAAAAAACAAGCAGACACUAAAAGAAUGGUGGACAUUCUUCGGGCCUUGGAGAAAUUGAGAAAACUCAGGAAAGAGGCUGCAGCAAGGAAAGGGGUCUGUCCUCCAGCAUCAGCAGAUGAGACUUUUGAGCAUCACCUUCAGCGACUAAGAAAACUAAUUAAAAAACGCUCUGAACUAUAUGAAGCUGAAGAGAGAGCCCUCAGAGUUAUGUUGGAAGGAGAACAAGAGGAAGAGAGAAAAGAGAAUAGAAAAGAAACAGAGGAAAGAAAAGAGAAAAUUUUACUUCAGAAGCGUGAAAUUGAGUCCAAGUUAUUUGGAGAUCCAGAUGAGUUCCCCCUCGCUCACCUCUUACAGCCUUUCCGGCAGUAUUACCUCCAAGCUGAACACUCUCUGCCAGCGCUCAUCCAGAUAAGGCAUGAUUGGGAUCAGUACCUGGUGCCAUCUGAUCAUCCCAAAGGCAACUCCGUUCCCCAAGGAUGGGUCCUUCCCCCGCUCCCCAGCAACGACAUCUGGGCAACCGCCAUUAAGCUGCAUUAGGAAAGAUGCUCCAGCAGUGUGGUCCAGCCAAGGGUCUUUCCAGCUCUACGUAUUGGUGAUGCUGCCAUCUUCUUGUGCUA